UCCAUUUUCAUAACUCCUGAAUUCUUGUUUCUUGCUCUUGAAUUAUUGUCAAAACCGGUUUGCGACCCGGUUAGAUUGAAUGCGAGAUUGCAUGCAAUUUAUAGCAAAAGCAGCCAAACCCAUGGUUGCGUACUGAGAACAGCUGUUCGAUCGCUGAAAUAUUUAAUAUUGUCAUGUUGUGUUUUGACAUGUGUUUUUUGAAAACAUUUCUGAAUCAUGCUUGAUGCUACGGAAGUUUUGCUAGCAUUUUUGCUCCUGGGUGGUGUUGCUGCCUUCCUAACAAGAAAAUCAAAAUCUAAGAGAAAAUCGCUUCGUCGAAAGCUGUUCACCCGAAGGAAAUAUGCACGAAAAAGCUGCUGGAUUAGAAACACCUGGCGUUUGCGUCAUACGCAUGGCUUGUACGGGAAAGUUUUGCGUACAAUGCGAACUGAUCCCAAAAUGUUUGAAAGUUACUUUCGAAUGAGCUACGAUCAAUUUCAGCUGUUACUUUCCAUGGUAAAGCCACAUCUCACCAAAGAAAGUCACCGUGCUUUGAACCCCGGGAUUCGCCUAGCCAUCACUCUUCGCUACCUUGCAUCGGGGAUGUCCCAAAAGGACGUAGCUCUUAAUUUUCUUGUUGGCUUCACCACUGCCAGUAACGUGAUACGAGAAACUUUGGGCGUUUUGUGGCAUGUUCUAUCUCCGAAAUAUCUUCCGGAACCGGAUACGGAUAUGUGGCUGAAAACGGCGAGGUUGAACAUGGACCGCUAUCAAGUUCCGUUAUGUUGCGGGUUUGUGGACGGAAAACAUGUUAAAUGCAGGAACCUUCCACAUCAUGGAACUCAACUAUUUAACUACAAAAAAGAAUACUCGUUGGUUCUUCUGGCCGUUUGCGACGCAAAUUGCAAAAUUCUCGCCGUAGAUAUUGGACAAUACGGAAGUAUUAAGAAUUCAGAAUUUGGCAAAAAACUGUUUUCUGGAACUCUUGGUAUGCCAGGCACGACCUUCUUACCGGAUACUCAAAUCCCCUUCGAGUACUAUUUUAUCGGAGACGAAGCUUUUCCGCUUCACAAACACAUACAAAGGCCCUACGGAGGAAAAUUUUUAAGCUUUGAGAAACGGGUUUACAACGCUCGCCUUUCACGUGGGAGAAGUUCAAUUGAGCGAUGUUUCGGUAUCAUGUGUGCCACGUGGAGAAUUUUACUGAACAGAAUUGACGGUAAUGAGUCAACUAUUGAAGGUAUAAUUCAGGCUUGUGUAACUUUACACAAUUUUUUGAUUGUUGAAAAGCAGAAAAAUUCACAAACUGAGCGAAGUAGCAAACGCAAUCAUAAAUCGUAUAAUUCUGUUACUGAAAAGGAAAACAAAUCAAAAAAACAAUACAACACAGCCAGGGAUGCUUUAAAGGUUUGGUUUAAUGUGAUUAAUGUUAUUCCAUGGAUUAACAAGAAAGUUCGACAAGGAAAAAUGUAACAUUAAUUAAGAACGGCGAUGUACAAAAAAUAAACUAAAAUACGCGUAAAAAAGCUUUGACUUGAAAGUCAAUCACAAAAUGUGCUUUUCCAGCGCACAUAAAUCAAAUAAUUUGUUUGUACACUGCUGCAUGUACUCUCGCCGGCUAUCUUCGUUUAUGGUGCGAAGCAUAUGCUUUUGCAUUUUGCAGAAAUGAUUUAUGAUGGCGUCCUGGUCUGAUGGCUUUUCUUUCGCGAUCUGCUGUCCUUGAAACCGAUUUGUAAUCGAUCUGGCUGCCUCUGUCAUCCGCACGUAGAACCCCUCUUCCAAGUCCUGUCUCUCUGGUGAAGAAUCGAUGUUCGCGACUUCGCGCCUGCGGGACUGUUUUGGAUUUAGUUUCGUUUUUUUGUUUCUUCCACGUCCUCGGUUCGGGUUGACGGGUUGAGUUUUACGGGGUUGUGUCGGUCCUUCGUUGCCCUCGUUCCCAGAAUCGCCAGCGACGUAGUCGAUUUUCUCUUGUGUGCAAACUUCAUCAGAAGCUGAUUUGCUCUUCUUUGGAGCGACAUCGUCAUCACUUGAGGAAAGUUCCUUUUCGUAA